AGUACUAGCCGAUGAGUUUGGCAAAUGUAUCUCGGAUCCUUCCUCCCACCCCCCAUAAAUAGCGUGAAGUUAUCAUGUGGGACUGGAUGUCAGACAGUGAGAGAAGCAAACUCAGCGGCUAGUCAUGGUCCAGGUUUCGGUUGACACCCCGUGAUUAUGGAAGGGGAUGAAAUGGAGAUGAGCAAAGAGGAACUCCAAAAGUGGAUCAGAGAGAAAGUAAAGAAGAACAAGCUGAUCUCCACUGAUGUGCUAGAGAAAUGCAAUCAGCUGCAAUCUCUGCUGGAAAGGAGGGAGAAACAGGCUGACCACCUCCUGAAGCUCUGCGAGUCUGUGGCAGCAUGUGAAGCGAUUGUGAAGAAACAAUACUCUUUGCUGGGGUGGGAGUACAGAGACACAGAUUCUGAUGAUGAUGAUAAUAUUACAGGCUGUGGAAAUACGCCUCCAUCCCCAUCUGAGUUUGUUCACACUGAGACUCAAAUCCCCAGCUCUUCAAGUACAAAUGGCCCUACUUGUCUAUUACCAAAGCUUCAGGACAGAGAGAACCUCAGAAGAGAUAAUGGCAAAAAAAGCUCUAUCCAUCUAAAGACUGCAGUGGUGGUCCUUACCAGACUUCCUAGAUGUAAGAUCAGUUCUUUACAUCCACCGACGCUUCAGAGUCACUACAGGGAAGAUGAAUCCUUAAACAAUUCAGAUUCUGAUAAGCAGUGGGACCCAGAAGAUGACUCAAGUGAUUCUGAUUUUUCUAUCUCAAGUUAUAAUAUUGGGUCAAACAAGAGGAGAAAAAUAGAUCAAAAGAAUGAGAAACUUGCUAAGAGACAUGCAACACCCCAAGCCAGCACAAAAAGCAAUGGUAAGUUCAAUGCAGCAAAAACAUCAACACCCCAAGCCAACGGAAGUACCGACGCUAAGCGCAAUGCUGUGAAAACAUCGACACUGCCAGGAAACACAAACGGAGUAACCCCUUUGUGCGUAGUAUCAACUCUUUGCCAAUCCACUGACAAAGCCACCAAGACCCUUCCUAGCGUGCCACAAGGAGAGAUCCGUGUGAACAUGAAUGUCCUCGCCAGAAGGAAGGUCAUGAGCUGGCAACAGGGGAAAGUCAUGGAAAUAGUAACAAAGGAAGAUGGUAGGUUGAAAUACAAGAUUAGUUUUGAGGAGAAAGGGAAGAGCCUAGUCUCUGGCCACCACAUCGCCUUUGACUGCAUGCCAAAGGCGGAGCAGCUGUUUGUCGGUGCUCGUAUUGUGGUUAAGCGUCAAGCUGACAAGCCCCAGUUCUGCCCUGGUGUCCUGGCAGAGCUCCCCAGCAGAAAAAACCGCAUGAGGUUCCUGGUCUUUAUUGACGAUCACACGCCGGUCUAUGUAGGCUUACCUUUACUUCACCUGGUGUGCAGACCAUUGACGGACCCGUUGGAUGAUAUUCCAGAUGGCAACCACAAGAAUUUCAUGAAGGAGUAUAUAAAGGCCUGGCCUUACCCGCCCCAGACCCAGUACAGGGUUGGACAGAUAAUUAAUGCAGAAUUUGAUGGAGUUCAGCAGAGGAGUGAGGUGCUGGUGGUCGACUGCAGCUUGAUACAGGUUGUUUUUGAGAAAGAUCAACAUAAGGAGUGGAUCUACCGGGGCUCCUUACGCUUGGAACACAUGAUUAACAUGAUAGAGCAUUUGGAGUCGAAAAAGGACGGGCAGAAGAAUAAUCUGACCAAGAAUCAUCAAAACACUGAUGGGACCCUGACUGUGUUAAGAGAAAUGGAUGCUGUGUUCCAAGAUGGCGCCCCAUGCAUUCAGAAAGUUGCUCAUCAACGACACACACUGAAAACCUUUUCUCAUGCUUCCUCAGGCUUCUGCGUUUUUGGGCCCAUAGUGCAUCUGCACUUGAGUUUCCCCUAUGGCCGAGCCGGUUGACAGCAUGAAUGUUAUCGCAGUCUCCCAAUAGUCAGUAUGGCUGUUCUAGGGGCUAUUGCCUAUGGAGAGAAUCUGUUCAGACAUGCUUGAUAUUUGUGACACACAGCAGAUAAUUUCACUGUGGACAAUAGCAUUUCAGUGUGUUUGGGCCCCUGCGUGUCACUUGACCUGCAAUUUCGACUUUGGACAAAAAUCGCCUCACAGCCCAGUGCUGUUCCUGGGGGCUGCCAUGGGACUCACACAUGCUGCUGAAGGUUUUACCUUGUUUUAGAGUGGCUCAAAACUCAAACUGUAUUGAAUACGUGAAAUGCAUUUUUUGUUUUUAAGUGUUUUUGUAUUAUAGUUUUAGCGUUUUUAAAUAAAAACAAAUUGUCUAA